GGGGGAUAAAUCAGGGGAGGACAGGGACGCGCCCGCAGAGUGAGCGGAGAUCUGUCACAAAAGUGGCCCCGAUGGCGGCGGAUCAGGCCCAGCCGGAGCUGCUGCUGGGGUAGCCGAGAGCAGAGUAGCGCUCGCGCUCUCCGCUCCCCCCUCUCCACCCACAGAUCUCCAUCGUUCCUCCUCCUCCUCCUCCUCCUCCCCACCCCGAGCCGCGCUGCCUCUUCCCCGCGCACCGCCGGGCUGCGCCUGCGAGGGGGUGGGGGGUGGGCUGGGGGAGGCUUUAAAAAACACCGGGGCCCCCCCACCCCCGGCAGUAAUUUAAUUUAGCGUUAUUAUUAUCACCGCCUCGCCGGCUCGGGGAAGGGGGGAAUCGAUCUUCGAUCAGGAAGAUGGCUGCUGGCUGGCUGCUAGUCUUUAGUCUGACACUUUUCCAGUCCCUGGUGAUGAACCACUCCUCGGAAGGACCCUUCCCCUCCGCCACCACGAUAAAGUCAUGGGUAGAUAAAAUGCAAGAAGACCUUGUAACGUUGGCGCGAACGGCAAGCGGAGUGGACCAGCUUGCUGCGAUCUAUUUGAAAAACAGAGAUCUGUAUACUGUAGAAGCCAACAAUCCUCGUCAGUUAGUGGAAAUAGCAGCCAGAGACAUCGAAAAGCUGCUGAGUAACAGAUCUAAAGCAUUAGUGCGCCUCGCUAAAGAAGCAGAGAAAUAUCAAGCAUCACAUCAGUGGAGGGAUGAAUUUGGGAAUAAUGAUAUAAUCUAUUACAAUGCAAAAGAUGAUCAGAAUGAUCCUGAAAAGAAUGAUACUGAAUCUGGCAGCCAGAGAAUCAGACCAGUAUUUGAAGAAGAUCCUGUUUUCCGGCGGCAAACUUCUUACCAACAUGCAGCAGUCCACAUACCAACAGAUAUUUAUGAAGGCUCAACAAUAGUGUUAAAUGAACUCAACUGGACAGCGGCACUGGAUGAUGUAUUCAAGCGGAACAGAGAAGAAGACCCUACCUUACUAUGGCAGGUUUUUGGUAGUGCAACUGGCCUCGCCAGGUAUUAUCCAGCUUCCCCAUGGGUAGAUAAAAGUCGAACUCCAAACAAGAUAGACCUGUAUGAUGUUCGCAGAAGACCAUGGUAUAUCCAAGGAGCUGCCUCUCCCAAAGACAUGCUUAUUUUAGUUGAUGCGAGUGGGAGUGUCAGUGGAUUGACACUGAAGCUGAUCCGCACCUCUGUCAUUGAGAUGUUAGAGACCUUGUCUGACGAUGACUUCGUGAAUGUAGUUUCAUUUAACAAUAAUGCGCAGAAUGUGAGUUGCUUUAAUCAUCUUGUCCAAGCUAAUGUGAGGAACAAGAAGAAGCUGAAAGAAGCAGUCUAUAAAAUCUCUGCUAAAGGAAUUACUGAUUAUAAGAAAGGCUUUAGCUAUGCUUUCGAACAGCUGCUAAAUCACAGUGUCUCUAGAGCUAACUGCAAUAAGAUUAUCAUGUUGUUUACGGAUGGUGGUGAAGAAAGAGCACAAGAAAUUUUCCACAAAUAUAAUGAAGACAAAAAAGUACGUGUGUUCACAUUUUCUGUUGGUCAACAUAAUUAUGACAAAGGACCCAUACAGUGGAUGGCCUGUGAAAAUAAAGGUUAUUAUUAUGAAAUUCCUUCUAUUGGAGCAAUAAGAAUAAACACCCAGGAAUAUCUGGAUGUUUUGGGAAGACCAAUGGUUUUAGCUGGAGAGAAGGCCAAGCAGGUCCAGUGGACAAAUGUCUAUCUGGAUGCUCUGGAGCUGGGCCUUGUGAUCACUGGAACUCUGCCUGUCUUCAAUCUAACAAAAGAGCAAAAUGGGAAAAUAAAUCAGCUGAUUCUUGGAGUAAUGGGGGUCGAUGUCUCUCUGGAGGAUAUCAAAAAACUGACACCCCGAUUUACGCUUUGCCCAAAUGGAUACUAUUUUGCAAUUGACCCUAAUGGGUAUGUGCUACUUCAUCCAAAUCUGCAACCAAAGAACCCUAAAUCCCAGGAGCCUGUCACGCUGGAUUUUCUAGAUGCUGAGUUGGAAAAUGAUAUUAAAGUCGAGAUUCGGAAAAAAAUGAUAGAUGGAGAAAGUGGAGAAAAAACAUUUGAAACAUUGGUCAAGUCCCAAGAUGAGAGAUAUAUUGAUAAAGGAAACAGAACAUACACAUGGACUGCUGUGAAUGGCACUGAUUACAGUUUGGCACUGGUGUUACCAUCAUACAGCUUUUAUUAUAUUAAAGCCAAAAUAGAAGAACCAAUAACUCAAGCCAGAUAUUCGGAAACGCUGAAGCUUGAUCAUUUUGAUGAAGCCGGCUAUACGUUUAUAGCACCAAGAGAAUACUGUAAUGAUGUGAAAAAAUCAGAAAACAACACUGAAUUUCUAUUAAAUUUUAAUGAAUUUAUUGAUAGAAAUACUCCAAGCAGCCCUUCAUGUAAUACUGAUAUGGUCAUUAGAGUUUUGCUGGAUGCAGGAUUUACAAAUGAACUUGCCCAAAAUUACUGGAGUAAGCUGUCUUUUGAUGGAGUUGUUGCACAAUUUGUUGUUACGGAUGGUGGAAUUACUAGAGUGUUCCCCAAAAGGGCAGGAGAAGAUUGGUUGGAAAAUGCUGAAACUUAUGAAGUCAGCUUCUAUAAACGGAGCUUAGAUAAUGACAACUAUAUUUUCACGGCUCCGUACUACAACAAAAGCGGUGCCAAUAGCUAUGAAACAGGGAUUAUGGUAAGCAAGGCUGUGGAAAUAACAAUUAAUGGGAAACUUCUAAAACCUGCAGUUGUUGGAAUAAAAAUUGAUGCAACCAGCUGGAUGGAAAAUUUCACAAAAACCACAAUCAAAAGCCUGUGCAAUAGUGAAAUCUGUGGCUGUGAAAGAAACAGUAUGCAUGUGGACUGUGUUAUCCUUGAUGAUGGUGGAUUUCUUUUGAUGUCAAAUCGAGAUGAAUAUAGCCAACAGAUUGGAAGAUUCUUUGGUGAAAUUGACCCUGGCCUGAUGCGAAACCUGAUUAACAUGUCCUUGUAUGCCUUUAACAAGUCUUACGACUAUCAGUCUGUCUGUGAUCCAGAAGAAGAACCAAAACAAGGAGCUGGACUUCGUUCUGCUUACGUGCCUACAAUAACAGAUAUUUUGCAUUUAGGAUGGUGGGCUUCAGCAGCUGCCUGGUCUAUCUUACAGCAGCUGUUUUUGAGCCUGACUUUCCCACGUUUCCUUGAGGCAGCUGAUAUGGAAGAUGAUGAUUUUGGUGCUGCCCUGCCUAAAACAAGCUGCAUCACUGAGCAGACUCAGUAUUUCUUUGAAAAUGAUGAUAAAUCUUUUGGUGGCAUUGUGGAUUGUAUAAACUGCUCCAGACUUUAUCAUGCAGAGAAGAUUUCAAACACCAAUCUAGUAUUCAUUAUUAGUGACAGCCAACUGCUGUGCCGCUCCUGUGACCCAAAACCACUGAUGCAAGCAGAGAAGCCGGAUGAAGGGCCAAAUCCUUGUGAAAUGGUUAAACAGCCUAGAUACAGAAAGGGGCCUGAUGUCUGCUUUGAUGAAGCCAAACAGGAAGAUUCAGCUGACUGCGGUGGUGUCUCUGGUCUGAGUCCAUCACUGUGGUCAAUGGUAGGAAUUCAGUUUGUCCUGCUUUGGCUGUUAUCUGGCAGCAGACACUGACAGUUAUGACCCUGCUAAACCAAAAGCUGCAUAACUUAAUCAAGACCCGGCCAAAACGAUAGCCUCAAUUUCAUUUUAAAAGGGUCAGCUAUUCAGACAGCAGAAGAACAGCAAUGCUCGUGUCUGGUUAUCACUCUGUGAGACUCAUAAAGGCACCCACAGUGCUGCAUGUUGGAGUGUCAGAUCCUUAAAUUUGUGUGAAUGCUGCAUCAUCUAUGCCAUCUGAACAGAAUCCUGUACGUGCUUCACUGGGGAAUCUCAGCGUUUUGUUUGUCUGUUUGUUGGUGUAAUAUUGAUGACUUCAUGUAAAAGGGCUCCCCUUAAAAUAGCUUAUAUAUAUAUGAUUUUCGUUAUUUUAAUCUUUGGAUUUUCUUGAAGAUCUUAUAUUCUUUUACAUGAACAUUUGUUAUAAAUAUAUAUUUAAAAAAAAUAAAAAAUACUGCCCCAAUAUACUUUACCAGUACCAUGGUGGCUACUUUGAACAUCAGUUUUGUCCAAACCUGUUGAGUGAAACUAAAAUAUUGGCUAGUCUUCAUCAGAAGUCUAUCGUCGUUUGCUUUAUGAUGAGUGGUUUAUUUUCCAAAGUUAAUCAGGUAGCCAGCCAAGUUUUGGUGGGUUCCUAAAUUGUUGGUUAAAAAAAAAAAAAAAAAAAAAAAAAAAAAGAGAGAGAGAGAAAAGAAAGAAAAAGGAGAAACUACAGUAUUUAGAAAUAUAAAGGUGCUUGAGAGCUUAACUGAAAAGUGAUUUUCUUCUUGAACUUUGUCAUCUAUCAGGAAAUGUUAAUUUCAAUGUAAUAAUCACCUUCUCUUCACCAUGCAGUUAUAUAUAAUGCUAGUCAAAUCCUUCAAAUGCUCAGACAAAUGCUUGUGAAUAAAAAAAAAGUCUUUGUGAUUAUUGAACGUUGGUUUCCAAGGGUAUUUUGCAUGAUGAUGAUGCUACGUUACUGUUUUUCAGUUUGUUUUUUUCUGAUAGUAGAGUAUAGUCCAUUGAAGAGGUAACUGAGUGAUUCUUUUGUUGUGUGAGAAACUGAUCAUUGCAAUAUGUUGCAAUGAAAUAAUAUUAAAUUAUAUUAUUUAACAGAGCUCUGAAUAUACUGUGCAAUGAAAAAACUAAGAAAAUAGGGUAAAUUUAGCUAUCGUAGCAAAAGGGUUGAGGUGAAUUUUUUACGGAAUAGCGCUCUCACAUGAAAACCUGUGUACAGAUAUUUUCAGUAUACAAAAAUCAGAUUUGACACAUUUAUUUUUGAAGUUGUGUGUUCUGUAAGGUUCAUAUCGGGUUCCCCCUUUGUUGCCUUUAUAUAAAAACAUCUAUAAUGGUAAAACUUUUUCUGUUGCUAUUUAUUAUUGGAAAUAGCAAAUUUAACAGAGCCAAUCUCCUGAUUACUAAAAUUAGAACAAGAUCUAAACAAAUGGGGAGCCUUGAAUCUCUAUGUAUGCACAUUGAUACUUGAUUGUGAAUAAUAAAGGUUGUUUUUAUACAACCUCAGUGGUGAUACAGAUUGGUGCAGUAAAUUGCAACAUGACAGUGUAGCAUAGUGUUGAUGCACAAUAUGAUUUGCGCUUUUUUCUAGUUUUCAAAACUAAAAAGUACUGCAAGACAGCUAAACCAAUGAAUGCGCAACUCUGCUGGUAUUGUACAAUUUUGCUAACAACUGCAAUAUGCAAAUAUUAACUUGGCACAGUACACUAGCUCUUUGAAAAUAAGAAAAUGCAAAGCACUGGUAUGUAUAUGCUGGAAACUGAUAUCAUUUUGAUCAUGUGAAAAGCUUAAAGAAGUAAUUGGGCAUGCAUUAAUAUCCAAUGAAAACUGAACAAGCUACUCAAAGCCAUGGCAUGGCUUGAAAGAUCAAAUGUCUACUGUAGCUGUACCCAUGGUUGGAUCAUUAUUUUUCUUAUAUACAUUGGUUCCAACUAUAUAUUUUCUUAUAUUUGGGAUUACAGUAAGAGAAAAUAGUAAAAAAAAAAAAAAAAAUGCAAAUUUUUUUUUCUUUCAAUCAUCAAAUUCAGCUUUUUAAAAAAUAUCUCUAGUAAAGUCAAGGGAUUAGAAGUACAGCUGAAUGUGUUGGAUGACUCUAGGUCUUCCUUCAGAAAAAUGAGGUAAUUUGGAUAACACAGGUGAAGAUAAUCUUGGAGCUCCCCCUUCCAGCCACAUUGCUAUACCUCGCCAAUACCGCUUGACAAAACAGUUAGCUGAGUCUCUCUAAUGCUGAGGCGUUAUUAUCCGGAUGUUUUCUUUAAUAUCGUCAGUUGAAUUCUUAUGGGGAGAGCAAGUUUUGUAGGACUAGGCCAAUACUUAUUACAUCCAUAACUCCUACUCUAAGAUUACUUAAAAUACAUAUUAUUUUGGAUUUUGCUCUUUACUUACUCAGAAGCUUGUUGGCACAUUAGUAUAAUAUAGAUUUUCACUUAGCUUCCCAAAAGAAACCCUUCAUGGAAAAGUUACAUUACUUACAUUUCAGAAGAAUUUGCCCACUGGGGUGAGCCCCAUCCUGAGUUAAUUCAUGAUGAUCUGAUUAGAGUUUGGAGGCAUAAAGAAAGCCGGUCCAGUGCCGUGCUGCCCCGGAGGACCGCUGGGGCUUUGGUGUUCAUCCCGUGUCGUCCUGGAGCGCUCAGGCAAGGCAGGAGGGAGAAUCUUUGUUCCUCUUCUGCUCCCUCCUCUUAAUACCUGAAGAACCAUGUUUGUACCCCCUCCUUUUUUUUUUUUUCAAUAAAACUUGCCUGACAAGAGAUAGAAAACUCAGGAUUUGGCUCUUCUGUCAGGGUUUAGUACUGUACCUAUAAAAUUCAGUACUUUCAAUAGAAAAGGAAGGAAAUUUUGGCUUCUGUUUGCAGAAAACUAUAUUUAAUCCAAUUGUAGCCAAGUGUUAUUUAAAAGUUCAAGAUUUUUUAAAAUGCACUGUCUAUGUACCUACAAAAUGCAGCACACCAGAAAGCAAAUACAAUAUGAACAUUAGCUGUGUCAAAAACACCAAUCUGUUAGAAAUAACUUCUAGGAGCAGAUCCGUAUUCUUAUGCAGAAGAGUGUUCCCACUCGCACGUAAUGCAUAAUAGUCAUGUUCUCCUGUUUGUUAGAGAAGAAACUUGAUCCUAGGCUUUCAAAUGAGACAUUUUCAAAUUACAGUAUGCUGUAAUAAAAAAAAUAUAUCACAUAAUAAGCUAUGUUGAUAUUUGCUUAGAUCAGAGAUAAACUGUUUGAACUGUUUUAGUUUACACAGAAGUCAUGCAGCCUUUACUACAUCUGACAAAUAACCACCAUUAAGGCUGUAACAGCCUGGUACUAUACAAAUCAUGGUCUUAGGACUUAACAUGAAAGGUUUCUUUCUCAUUUUUUCAUUUAAACAACCAGCAUUACUGCCAAAACACUGACCGUGGCCCAUAUUUGUAACAGGUUUUUAACAUGACAUAGCGGGUUUGGUCGACAAGAUUUUUAGGUCCUGUACCUUUGAGACUUUAGUAUGAUCUUUUUUCAUGUUUCUAAUGCUUGAGGCUUUACUGCUUAACUUGACAAAAGACAGUAUUGCUGCCAUUUGUAAGUUUUCCUAUAAUGUUCCUUUUACUAACUUAAAAACUGGCCUUACUGGGUUCAAAUAGGCAGUAUCCCUUUUAAGUGACCUUUGCAACCCAAGUGUUACUUGCUGUGGUUGAAAGUUUUUCAGUAUCAUUUAAAAGAUAUUGAGACCUUCUGUUCCCAUUAACACUGAAGCGCAGCGACCGUCCGUAGUAUGUCUUAAUUUCAAAAUGCAACCUCAGUCCCGCUGGUCCUAAAAACUGAGACCCUAGCACAGUGGUUAUUAAGAACCAUAACGCAUGGUUUGCAUUAAUGGCUACUGCAAAGCUCUGCAAUGUUUUCAGAAUGUCUGCUGAAGGUGGAAUAUUAAAAGCUGCUUUCUUAGUAUAAAUUUUCCCCAGCUUCAUUGGACAUCCAAGCCUUUAACAAAGGCCAGAUAUAUUUUUUUUUCCUUUUUCCUUCAUACCACAAUGUUAAUAUUGUUAAUAUUCAUUGUACACUACUGUAAAAAGAUUAAAACAAAGUGUCUGCAAGCAAUUCAAGACUUUUGAAAAGCGAGCCUCACCCUCCUCCCAGCUCCUUGCGUCUGUACUGCUUAUGGUUUAAACAGAAUAUACCAUCGUGAAGAAAUAGUUUCACGGAGGCUAAAGGGAUACUGUCUUGUUCAGAUGCCGUGCAAUUGCGACUGUGGGCUGACAACGCUGUCCUCUCUUCUCGUGUCGUAUGGAAUGUCCGGAUCAUGCUUUUUCGGGGUAUUUUUAUUGAAAUGCUCAGUGUGCAUUCCCGCAAAAGAGGCUUGGCUUGCUCUCCUAAGGCAAGCAGGCCUUUUUCCCUUUUCUUGUGUUCUCUUGACACUUUUGUGGAACUUGACAAGCCUGGAAAAAUAUUUUUUUUGUAAAAAUUUGUACAAUACUGUUAUAAAAAAAAUUUAUAAUCCUAGAACUGUUGUGUUAAAUCUUGUGCAAAAACAGUAUAUUCAGAAUAAAAAUUUAUCAUUUAAAAUCAAUAA